AUGACUUUGGCGAACCAGAACACUGCGACAACAUCCAAUGUGUCUCUUGUCGACUCGUAUAAAAUCUACACCUACAUUCCAAACCUGAUCGGAUAUCUUCGUGUUUUUCUCUCUCUUCUUUCCUUCUUUAUUUAUGAAUCCUAUCCCUUGACUGUGAUUUUCAUCUAUUCCACAAGUUUUGUAUUGGAUGGAUUGGAUGGCAUUGCUGCUCGUCGUUACAAUCAAUGUUCUAGAUUCGGAGCAGUUCUUGAUAUGGUUACAGAUCGAUUUAGUACUGCUGCUUUAAUUACUAUUCUUGUAAAAUUCUAUCCAUCCUAUACCUCCUAUUUCAUCUUGUUGAAUAUUCUAGAUUUUGUGUCACAUUGGUUUAGAAUGUAUGUGAGUCUUGUCGUUGGAACCAAGAGUCACAAAGAUGUCGAUUGGAAUAGAAGUUAUUUAUUAGCCUUGUAUUACACAAAUAGAACAUUUAUGGCAAUUUUAUGUGUUGGUAAUGAAAUGUUCUAUGUCAUGUUGUAUGCUUGUAUUUCUAUAAUGAAGCAUUGA